AUGCGUAUACCAAUUCAACAGCUCGCGCUUACUGCUCUCCUGCUUCACUCCACGAAUGGCGCCCCGGCCGGACUCCUCGACACCGUCGGUGCCGUGACGAAGCUUUUGGCUCUCCCUGCCAACUACGUCCAGCUCUUGGCCGGCGUUCUUGGAACCAAGCCUCCGACUGGUGCCAAAGUUCUCAACGCAGCCGAACUUCAAAAGAAGCUGGGAGCUAUCUGGAACACAGGCGGCGGGACGGGAGAUUUCUAUGGCAAAGUGCAAAGACAAAUCAGCCAGGGAAUCAUUCCAUCUGGUCUCCUUUCGAGUUUCCAGGGGCUCCUUGGGACCGGUCUUCUGGGUAGUCUGGACCUUGCCGGCAAUGCCAACAAGCUUGUUGCGCCCAUCAACGCAAUCGACUCUAUCAACAACAACAAUCCUCGGAACCCAGCCAAGGCCAUCUGGCCUAGAAAGGACCCGGCCGAUGCCCCUUACACGCUCACAGAGUCACAAUUACGCCAGGUGAUUUUCAUUCCGCAGACGUUCACCUACGGCACGAAGCCCCCGGUCAUCUUCAUCCCCGGAACUGGUGUUUACGGCGGAGAGACGUUCAGCCCGAACUUGCUGAAGCUUCUUUCCAAUGUCCCCUACGCCGACCCAGUCUGGCUCAACAUCCCAGGUGCUCUUCUCAAUGACGCCCAGAUCAACUCGGAAUACGUCGCUUACGCCAUCAACUACAUCAACGGCAUCACCAACAAGAACUCGAGCAUCAUCUCUUGGUCCCAGGGCGGCCUCGACACCCAAUGGGCAUUCACUUUCUGGCCGUCCACCCGCAGCGCCGUCUCCGACUUCUUCCCUGUCUCUCCCGACUUUCACGGCACCGUCCUUGCCAAUGUUCUCUGUCUCUCACCCGGCAACGGUGCCCUCAACGCCCCCUGUGAUCCUUCCGUCAUCCAGCAGCAGUACACAUCUGUCUUCGUCAAUACUCUUCGCGCUCGCGGUGGCGCCGAUGCCUAUGUCCCGACAACAACCUUCUACACUGCCCUCCUUGACGAGGUUGUGGAGCCCCAGCAAGGCACGGCUGCCUCUGCUUACCUGAACGAUGCCCGCCGCGUUGGCGUCACCAACAUUGAGGUACAAUCUGUGUGCCCCGGACGACCUGCCGGCAGCAUUUACGGCCAUGCCACCAUGCUCUUCAACCCCUUGACGGCAGCGCUUAUCAAAGACGUCCUUCAACGAGGCCAGGGCCCAGCGCAAGUCGGCAACAUCGACCUCGAUGAUGUUUGUAAAGAUUUCAUUGCGCCUGGCCUGUCCCUGGAAGACGGUAUCGCGACUGCUGGGUCGAUUGUUGCUGCGGCCAUUCGUCUGCUGGCAUACCUGCCCAAACUUAUUGCGGAGCCUGGUCUCAUGGCUUACGCUCGUGUGUAA